AUGGCUACAGCUUGUUCACCAUUUAUGUCUACAAAAGAGACUACCAACUAUGCAAGGCUAUGCCGCCUCUUGGUGGAUGUUGGAUCUCUGGUGCUCCGGUCCACUUUUGACAAAAUACAUCCACCAGCGACUCUACAUACAGUUUUGGGGAGUACCUCAGUGCAUUACGCCACAUUGCAAUCACUUUACAAAGGAAGGAAAAAAGUGCUAAAUCGCACGCAAUGGGGGAAGUUGUAUCCUGCUCACUGUCCCGUGUCAUCUGCAUCCUUCGACAUCACGCUCCUAACAGUACUGCUUAGAAAUAUCUGUGGUUUGAGCCCUCCUGUUAAUGGUUGGGAUCGUCUACCUCUAGCUACAAACAUAAGCAUCGCAGAUGAUAUCGCCAGAGUGAAGUACUACAGGAACACUGUAUACGGCUAUGCUCCUCAAGCCGCUGUGGAUGACAGUAGUUUCAGUGCUUACUGGAAGGAAAUAAGAGAAGCUUUGGUGAGACUGGGAGGAGCUCAUUUUAGAUCUGAAAUCGACAAUCUUGAGCACGACUGCAUGGAUCCGGUUAUCGAGGAGCAUUAUCGUGAACUAAUGAAACAAUGGAGGGAAGACGUAGACAGCAUCAAAGACAAAGUUGAAAAAACUGAGGACUGGCUAGAAAAGAUGAGGCACGACAUCAGAGACACAACUGAGAGGAUGGAGAUUGAAAUGAAGGAGGUUAAAAACACGUGUAGUAGCCUGACGACCACAGUGGAAAAAAGCACAUAUAAAGAUACCACGAAAAGGUCUUUUGAGAAAGUGAUAAGCGAAGUGGCAGAGAUGGACAGCGAACUGAAAGUACUGGAGAAAAAGUUGUGUACUUUGAUAGCUCCAGUGGGAGAACACAACGAUGAAGGCCAGUAG